AGCGCAAGCAUCCCGCCGCAGCAAAGCCGAGCCCCGUGGGGCCUUGGGCGCGGAGUGAGGAGGGAAGGAGAGGCUGACAGUGCCUGCCUUCCACUCAGCCCAGGCACACGGGCUCGGACCCUCUUCCCAAACUCGGAGCAGAGGCGUCAGUCAGCGCCGGAGCCGCCAAAGGAGCCUCAGGUAGCCAUGAGUGGUAGCAUUUGGACCAUGGGCAUGGCAUGGGCGCUGUUGCUGCUGGGGGCCACUGCUGGGGGCCUGGAGGAUCGCUGCUUGCCUGGAGGGAAGCACAAGCCCAGUCCAAGCCCAGAAGAACAGCUGGGCGUCUGUCAGAUCUAUGCGGAGAAUGCAUGUUGCUCACCAGACAUAGUCCAGGACCUUUCCAAAGCCAAUGACAUCUACUGGAACCGCUGUGGACACCUCAGCAACAGAUGUGAGAAGUAUCUGGAGCAAGUGGAAUGUUUCUACCGCUGUUCGCCCAUUGCUGCUCAGUGGCCUCACCCUCAAAGACCCACGGCAUUGCUGGCAGUGCCCCUCUGCCAGAGUUUCUGUGACAGAUGGUAUGAUGCUUGCAAAGAUGACCUUACCUGUGCUCGGAACUGGCUUACAGAUUGGCACUGGGGUCCUGAUGGAAAUAACUGCAGUCAAGACUGUAUCUCCUAUGGCCAGAUGUACCAGAAUGGGAAGGAGUUAUGUGAGACCAUCUGGGAUGAUACUUUCACUGUCAGCACAGAUCCCUGUGAGUGCUUGACGCUGACUGCCUCUGAUACAGUCUUCUCAGCUUCUUAUCCGCACCUCAAGGACAACACAGAGGAGCCUGAGAUCGCCAAGGCAAAAGGGAGCCAAAAGGAAGGCCGCCUUGGCCCCGGCAGGCUCUGCACAGGCAACCGGCUGCUCCAGCGCCUGCGGAGGAACAUGCAGAAGCGCUCCGUCUUCAUGGAGGAUGUGGAGGGGAGCGGGAGUGGGUUCUGACCAAAGAUAGCCAUCCUUCCAGGGAAAAAAUGACCCCCUUCCCUGUCAUCACCCGGGGCCUGUGGGGGGAUCGCUUGGGAUCUAUGCAAAUCCACCAUGUCUCAUGUUACCAGCUUUUCAUUGUAUAGCUCUGUGCAACUUGGUGUGGCCAUGUCCUAGGAAGCUGACCAGGCACCUUAGCAGGGCUCUUGAGUCUGAUGCCUUUAGCAAUAGAGUUUCCCUCCACCAGGACACCCCCUUUUCCUUUGGAAACCAGCUCAGGGUCACUGCUUUCCUAAAGCUUUGUAGAAGUGAAACAAUACAUGGUUAGAGAUCAGUUAGUGGUGACAACUCCACCCCUUGCUCCUUUCCAGCUGCUCCUCUCCCUACAAACCUGCUGCCAUGCCUCUGAGAGGUCACCUAACGGGAGCAUCUACUAGUUCCCCUCUAACAAAGAAACAGCCAUGGAGAUGGUUAUGCUCCAAAGGAACUUUCAAGAGUGGAAACCUGGGUUGAAAUGAAAUGAUGAAUUCAGACAAUAGCUAUGGCUACAGACAUGAUUGCCAGCAUGACUGAACUAAAAUGGUUGGGCUGCCACUGGUAAACGGGGGCAGGAGGCACCAGAAAAAAACCACUGGUCACUAGGUUGGGUUAGACUGGCGCAGUUAUGGGUGGCACCCAACAAUGCUGUGGUUACUUGGCAAAGAAUAGCUGCUAUACUAUUGAAUUUCAUUUUUAUGCAAUCUAGUAGGGGCCAGGGACAGUGGAAAACCGAUUGAGUGAUAGUAUGAAGAGAGACUGCACAUAAUUUUAAUAAUGCAGUAUAUAUAUUUCUUAUUCAGCUAAGCAUCUAAUUUUGGUGAGAGGGAGUGAGAGAAUUCGAGUCCUCAUGUCUGUGCUGUCUAUCCCAGGAAUGGGCAAACUUUGGCCCUCCAGAUGUUUUGGACUUCCAACUCCCACAGUUCCUAAUAGCAGGUAAGCUGGCUGGGAUUUCUGGGAGUUGAAAUCCAAAAUACCUGGAGAGUCAAAGUUUGCCCAUGUCUGGUCUAUAUCUUUAUGUAGCACAGUGGUUCUCAACCUGUGGGUCCCCAGAUGUUUUGGCCUUCAACUCCCAGAAAUCCUAACAGCUGAUAAACUGGCUGGGAUUUCUGAGAGUUGUAGGCCAAAACACCUGGGGACCCACAGGUUGAGAACCACUGGGCUAGCACUUCUUGACAAAAGAAAUCUCCCCCAGGUAUUCCGGUGUAGUCACUGAUCAUUCUCCUCUUCAAAACAAACACACAUUCCCUGCUUUCUCAGAUGCCUUUUUAUGCCCUUGCUUUUUCACCAUGUUCACAUGAAAUAGCACAUUACGUUCUGUUUCAAACCUACCUGUACUUGUGAGAAAAAUAAAAAAUGUGUGCGUGUUAAAAGAA